GGUCUGCAGCAUCACUGAACUGGUGCAGUGCAAAACGCUCGCUCAUCCUCACCGAUGGUGUGCAGAACAAGGGGGACAUAAAAAAAAGAAAAAAACUUCUGAAACUACAUAUCCUAAAAAAAAAAAAAUCCACCACAAACAAUCCAUCAUGAGCUACGAUUCCUACAUCACCUACCGCCGCCCUUGGGACAGCUACAAAGGCUCCCGAUCCACCGCCACCAAAUCCUCCAUGUCUUCCUCGAUCUACUCGUCCUCCCGAGCUCCUCCGUCUGGGAAGAGGAUCCUGAGGACGGCCUCCUCUUCCCUGCAUGACGGGCCUCAGAGGAUGGACCUGGCUCAGGCCAGCUCCCUCAACACAGAGCUGCUGGGCCUCCGCUCCCAGGAGAGGGAGCAGCUCGUGGACCUGAAUGACCGCUUCGCCACCUACAUCGAGAAGGUGAGGACCCUGGAGCUGCAGAACCGAGCCCUGCUGGAGGAGCUGGAGGCGCUCAGGAGGAGGCAGAACGACCCGUCCCGUCUGCAGGCGCUCUACGAGGGGGAGGCGCGCAGCCUCAGGUCCAUGAUCGACUCAGAGAACGGGGAGAAGAUGCGCAUGGAGGCGGAGAGGGACUACCUGCGCGACGUGUUCGGGCAGAUGAAGGAGCGCUUCGAGGAGGAGGCGAGGAGGCGCGUGGACGCCGAAGAGGAGCUCCAGCGGGCCAGAGAGGAGGCCAGCAGGGCCGUGAUCUACAACUGCGACGCGGAGGCCACCGUGGUCUCACUGUGCGACGAGAUGGUGUUCCUGAAGAAGGUGUUCGCAGAGGAGCAGUCUGAGCUGCAGGCCCAGCUGCAGAUGGUCAACAUCAGCGUGGACGUGGAGGUGUCCCGGCCCGACCUCUCCACCGCCCUGCGGGACAUCCGGACGCAGUACGAGCGGCUGGCCAACAAGAACAUGCAGGCCGCCGAGGAGUGGUACCAGAGCAAGUUCGCCAGCGUGGCGGAGAUGGCCAGCAAGAACAACGAGGCCGUGCACGCCAUCCGGGAGGAGACCAUGGAGUACCGCAGGCUGCUCCAGUCCCGCUCCUCGGAGAUCGAGGCCCUCCGCAACGUCAUCGACUCCCUGAACAAACAGCUGGAGGAUCUGGAGGAGACGCAGGCAAAGGAGGUGGCAAAGUACCAGAUGAGGAUAAGUGACCUGGAGCGAGACAUCACUGAAGCCAAGCAGGAGAUGGCACGCUACCUGAGAGAGUACCAAGACCUUCUCAAUGUGAAGAUGGCUCUUGACAUCGAAAUAGCUGCGUACAGGAAACUUCUGGAGGGGGAGGAGAUUCGACUGGCUUAUCCUUCCCUUCCUGCUCUGAAUUAAAACCUAAAUGCCACCAAUCUGGCACCAACCUGAAUUCUCCACACCUCUUCAUCUUGCCCUCAACAUCCUGAACAUCACCUCUCUGCCAUUCUCCCUCCCCCCAUCAUCUCCGCCCCCCCCCUCCCCCCAACAUCCGGAUGUCAUCUAUCCUUCCGAAAACAAC